UGCGCAAAUAGGCAGCCAGGCACAUCAGCAGCGGCGGCAGAGCAUCUUCCUGAUCCUGAUCUCCCGUGUCUUCUUCAGCUGCCAGUCCUUGCGUGCGCGUCUCUGAUUGAGAUUCCACUGCCGGCUGAAGUGUUCAGAAGCCUCCGUCAACCAUCACCCUCCCACCACACACUUUCUCUGGAGCUCGGUUAUUCUUAGCACAGCUGCGAGAGACUGUCCUUCCGGCCCUUCUCUUAUUUAUCCCAGUUUCUUGAAUAUUUAAUGGAAAAUGGCGAUCUGCGCUCAGUCGUACGGUGUUUUCUGCCUCCUCACAAUCCAAACUGUACUUAUCAUAUGCGUCUCCACGCCGACAGCCGGGACUCACCUCUUCCCCCAGCACUACACAAUGAUUCACUGGGCCGGACGCAUCGAGAAGGAGCUGGAAAAGGUUCUGCAGCACGUCACUGGAACUCAGCAGAUGAGAUCGAUAUAUAAUGAGAAGAAGAGCCAGUUUGAAAUCAAGAGAAACAACCCCAAGGACUUGGUGGAGCGAGUGGCACGUGACAUUUCUAAGCUUCUCAACAGUAAGAGGAAAGCCCUGGAGCAGAGGCCUGAGAUCAGUUGGGUCGCUCAGAACCAGCUGAGACUGUACAACAUCCUGUAUGCUGUCAGUCAAAGCCAGUGA